AAUAGGGUUACAUGUAAACAAAAACUAUGCCGGGAAUCGCCUAAGUUUCACAGAAAACAGCGUAAAAUGAAUCACCUUUAAAAUGUCAGACUCGAGGUUUUUGACAUCGGAAGGGAGAAUUGUUCCAGUACUGAGCCGAGAUGACAUACCAAAGUAUUGUGCCUUACACAAGUGUGUUCAUAGACGCAGACUGGAAAGAUUUCGCCCAUGCAGCAAGAGAAUGUGUGGUGCAGUCAGGUGACAGGAAGUCUUUGAUAAAGGAGAUAGAGAAAAUGUGGACCAAUGACCAAAACCCAAACUUUGUCCUCCCUUGUCUGUCAGUACGAAGUGGCCUUGACCUUUACUUGAAGGUCAAGCAGUUUCCUGCUGGGUCAGAGGUCAUUAUGUCAGCCAUAAACAUUCCCGACAUGGUUCAGAUCGUACGACACCAUGGACUGCGCAUUUUGUCCCUGGAUAUUGACCUGGAAACAACGUCGCCUAAAAUUGAGCUCUUGGAAAGUUUAAUAUCAAAGAAAACAGUUGCCAUUCUUUUGGCGCACAUUUAUGGGAAACUGUUUGACAUGGAGCCUUUUGUGUGUGUCGCUAAGAGACAUGGUCUCUGCAUUAUUGAAGAUUGUGCUGAAGGCUUUGCGGGUUUGCAGUACUUGGGACACCCGAAGAGCGACAUAUCACUAUUCAGUUUUGGCGUUAUAAAAUUUUACACAGCGUUUGGAGGAGCCAUAUUGAAAAUUCGCAGCGAAGAUAUAUUCUCAAAAAUGCACCAGCAGCAAAACCGACAAAGUGUGCAAUCAAACAGAGCUUUUCUACAAAAGGUCAUAAAGUAUUCCUUCAUUUAUGUUCUCUUAAACUGUCCACGUUUUAUUAAACCAGGAAUGUAUCUGACUAGGGCAGUGGGCUUGGAUCACCAGCAAUUAGUUGUGAAAAUGUUGCGAGGAUUUCCAGAAGAUCUAAUCAGCCGAAUUCAGUACCGUCCGUCUACUCCUCUUUUACACAUGAUGUGCAAACGUGUGCAAGGGUUUUCUGAAGCAGAUUUUAACCUGAGCAGAAUGAAAGGAGAAUACGUGAGUCAGAGACUGCCAGAAAACAUCACCAUCGUCGGGGUCAAAGCAGAGGUGAACAACUAUUGGCUGUACCCCAUUAUUGUGAAUAACCCUGACAGCUUUGUGCGGACCCUUAACUCGCUUGGAGUGGACGCUUACCGAGGCGCAACGCAGCUCAACAUCAUCGAGCCUGACAACGGCAAUGAUGACUUGUACAUGAAAUACCUGACCUCGCCCAAUGUCAUGCACCACUAUCCUCACGAGGCAAAGUACCUCAUUGACCAUGUCGUUUACCUGCCCAUUAACAAAACCGUGCCUUUCUGCGAACUUGAUCGUAUUUGUGCAGCUGUCCAGAAAGCUAUGAUGCUAGAGGGGAAAGAUGGGACAAAAAUCAGUGUGAAGUUACAAGGGAAAGAUGGGGCAAAGAUCAACCUGAAGCUACAGUCGAAGCUUUGAACUGGUAUGAUUUCAGUACCUCUGUCUAACUUGAUUUUUAUGCUGAAAGCUAUGAAGUUGGAGUCGAAAGAUGGGCAAACAGCAACGUGAAGUUACACUCAAAAGGUGGGGCAAAAAUCAACAUGAAGUUACAGUCGAAAGGUCUGGCAGUAGAAAGUGCUUGUUUCGUUGUGUUUAGAUGGCGGGCUUCUGCUGUAAGCUUUUGUCCCGUGUUUUUAUUUGUGACAUUUUGGAUGUGCAAUCUG